GCGCUUAGUUCUGCGGGCUCUGCUGCUGGUACGAUGAUGUUGCUGCGGGGAAUUGUCCGGAGAACUCGACUCGUGGAGCAGCCGUAGCUCUGUGAGCGCACACUGCCGGGCGGGGCCGACACUUCCCGGGGAUGCGGCUCGGAGGUUAAAGAUGGCGGGCCUUUGAAGGAAGCCUCUCCGAGGAAGGACUAGGUGGUGGGUCACAACCCAGCCUAAAGAGAUGGAGGACGGGCGAAAUGAUAAGGCCAAUCAAGCCCAUGUCCUGUUUGACCGAUUUGUCCAGGCCUCAACCUGCAAGGGGACCUUGAAGAGCUUCCAGGAAUUAUGUGACUACUUGGAGCUGAAGCCGCGGGACUACCGCUCCUUCUACCAUAAACUCAAAUCUAAACUCCACUAUUGGAAAGCCAAAGCCUUGUGGUCGAAACUGGACAAGAGGGGAAGUCACAAGGAUUACAAAAAGGGCAAAGCCUGUAGCAACACCAAGUGUCUAAUAAUUGGCGCGGGGCCCUGCGGACUGCGCACUGCAAUAGAACUAAGCUUCCUCGGGGCCAAGGUAGUGGUGGUGGAAAAGAGGGAUGCCUUCUCCAGGAACAACGUCUUGCACUUGUGGCCGUUCACCAUCCAUGACUUGCGAAGUCUCGGCGCCAAAAAAUUCCAUGGGAAAUUCUGUGCUGGAGCAAUUGAUCACAUCAGUAUUCGCCAACUACAGCUCAUCCUUCUGAAGGUCUCCCUCAUCCUUGGGAUUGAGAUCCACGUCAACGUUGAGUUCCAGGGAUUAAUCGAGCCUCCAGAAGAUCAGGAAAACCAGCGCAUCGGUUGGAGAGCAAAAGUUCACCCCAAAGGUCAUCCUGUAUCGGAGUAUGACUUUGAUGUCAUUGUCGGUGCAGAUGGUCGGAGGAAUACGCUGUCUGGUUUCCGAAGGAAAGAGUUUCGCGGCAAGUUGGCCAUCGCCAUCACAGCCAAUUUUAUUAACCGGAACACAACGGCAGAGGCCAAGGUCGAGGAGAUCAGCGGCGUUGCCUUUAUCUUCAACCAGAAGUUUUUCCAAGAUCUUCGAGAGGCAACAGGGAUCGAUCUAGAGAACAUUGUCUACUACAAGGAUGACACCCACUACUUUGUCAUGACUGCCAAGAAGCAGAGUCUGCUCGAGAAAGGGGUCAUCUUACAGGAUUACGCAGACACUGAGAUGUUACUGUCACGUGCCAAUGUGGAUCAGGAGGCACUGCAGAACUAUGCCACGGAGGCUGCACGGUUUUCAACCCACCAGCAGCUACCCACAAUGGAUUUUGCCAUCAAUCAUUACGGGCAGCCAGACGUAGCCAUGUUUGACUUUACCUGCAUGUAUGCAACUGAAAAUGCCGGUUUGGUGCGAGAAAGAAAUGGCCACCAGCUGCUGGUAGCUCUGGUCGGUGACAGUCUACUGGAGCCUUUCUGGCCUAUGGGAACCGGCAUAGCACGAGGCUUCCUUGCUGCUAUGGACUCUGCUUGGAUGGUACGCAGUUGGGCUCAUGGAGCAAGCCCUUUAGAAGUUCUGUCUGAGAGAGAGAGUAUUUAUAGGUUACUUCCUCAGACAACACCAGAAAAUGUGAGCAAAAACUUCAGUCAUUACAGUAUAGACCCCACAACUCGUUACCCCAAUGUCAACUUACAGUUCCUGCGACCAAGCCAGGUCCGGCAUUUAUACUAUACGGGAGAAAUGAAGGACAUCAAUCUGGAGAUUGGCAAUCUGGUAAAUGCCCAAAGAACGCCCAAACUGGGCAGAAAUGAGUCUGUGGCACGCACCAGUAAGUUGCUGAGCUGGUGUCAGAAGCAGACAGAAGGCUACACAGCAGUCAGCGUUACUGACCUCACCAUGUCCUGGAAAAGUGGCCUUGCCUUAUGUGCCAUUAUCCACCGGUACCGUCCGGAGCUAAUAGACUUUGGCUCCCUGGAUGAACGAAAUGUAGAAAAAAACAAUCAGUUAGCGUUUGACAUCGCUGAGCGGGAGCUGGGAAUCUCCCCUAUAAUGACUGGAAAAGAGAUGGCGUCCGUCGGGGAGCCCGAUAAGUUAUCCAUGGUGGUGUAUCUCAGCCAGUUCUACGAGAUGUUUAAGGAGACCGCCAACUCUGAAAAUGCGGAUCAGAACCUUGAUGAGAAAUCCGCCCUGCUGGCCAGCACUAAAUCACCCAUCUCUUUCCUGAGCAAACUGGGACAGACAAUCUCUCGGAAACGUACCCCGAAGGACAAGAAAGAAAAAGACGUGGACAGCUCAGGCAAGAGACGGAAGACCAGCCAAUCAGAAGAUGAGGAAGGCUCCCGAUCUCUGAGGGAGGAGAGACCCUCAUUAGUCAGUGCUCUAACGGAUAGGCGAAUUGAUGCUGCUGUUGGAAACCAAAAUAAGGUGAAAUCGAUGGCAACUCAGCUUUUGGCCAAAUUUGAGGAGAACGCGCCUGCUCCUAACACUGGACUGCGGAAACAGAAACCCAUCCUACCCUAUCAGCAGCGUUUACUAGAACAGGCUGCCCUCAGGCAGACUGAGCCUAAGUGGAAACAGCCCAGGACUAAUGACCUUCCCCGGACCUGUCCUAAAAAGGUCAUCAGACUGUAUACGGGGUCAUGGCCUCGCUCAUACCUGCAGAGCAGCUCGGUGCCGUCCAGUUUCCUUGGCGAGAGGUGUUCCAGCCUAGAGAGGCUCGACUCUGAGCCCACUCGCAGAUCCCCAAUAGACUACUGGCAGAAUUCAGUCACCCUGCGCUCGUCUGAACGCCCCGCCUCCCCUUCAUGCGAUGAUAUCCGUCAGAAAUACAUUAAGAUAUAUACAGGUGGAGUGAGCUCAUUGGCUGAACAGAUAGCCAAUCAGCUUCAAAAGAAGGAGACCCCAAAGCCUCUGUUUGGGAAAAAAGUGGGGUCCUUCAGGAAGGAGUUCCCUCAGAAUCUCGGCGGGAGUGAUGUCUGUUACUUCUGCCACAGGAGAGUUUACGUUAUGGAGCGUCUGAGCGCAGAGGGGAAAUUCUUCCAUCGAAGCUGCUUCAAGUGUGACUACUGCAAUACCACCCUGCGUCUGUCCUGCUAUGCUUACGACCUGGAGGAUGGAAAAUUUUAUUGCAAACCUCACUACUGUUACAGACGUUCCGGCUAUAGCCAGCGGAAGAGAGCGGCCGCUCCUGCGCAGGUCAGCAAGGAGCUUAAAGGACCCGCAAAGGACACGCCCGAUGCUGAAGAACCUGGACGAGCCCCCACAUUACCCCUUGCUGCUGUAGAGAAGACCCCAGGUCCUAGCAUGAAUGGUGUUGAGGACCACACUGUAGCCAAGAGAUUACGAGCCACUCCAGAGCGUAUUGAGCUGGAGAACUAUCGAGUGUCCAUGCAAAAAGAAGAGCUGGAAGAAGUUCCAGAAGAGACACUGGCGGAACACAAUCUGAGCAGUCUGCUGGAUAAAGGUGAAGAGGACGAGGAGGAGGCCGCCAGCAGUAGCUCAGAGUCUGAGAUGGAUGAAGAUGAAGAGGAGGAGCAAGAGGAAGGUGAAGAACCUGCACCUUCCUCUGAUCUUGGUGGUGUGCCAUGGAAUGAGGCAGUGAAGAUUCAUGCAAAACUGAAGGGACGGAGUGCAGAUGAAAUGGAAAACUACCAAUCUGUGGAGCCGGGUGUCAGUGAGGAUGAAGAGGAAGAUUAUGAUGAAGAGGAGGAAGAUGUUGAGGACGAAGCCUCUAGUGAAGAGGGUGAGUAUUGCCCCUGGGAGAGAGAAUUGCAGCAGGGUCUCUGGCUUCAGCGUAUAUCUGAUGAAGACACAGUUGGUACGUUUAAAGUUGGGAACCUUAAACUGCAACAAGCGCUAUCCCCCAUGGACCCCAUGGAGAUUAAAGCAGAUGUCCACUGGACUCAUGUCCGCAAGAUUAACGAAGAGCAGGAAGGGGUUAACACAGAGGGGGAAGAAUUGGGCACAUCUUCUCCUUCCGAAGCGCUCCAGCUCCCUUCCCACCGCUAUGAUCCUGUAAAAGCGUGGCUGGAAGCCAUAUCUGGAGUUCCCUGCGAGGAUGAAGAGGCCGAGGCUGAGGUGCUGGGGACUGGCCUUGCAGAGGCUGAAGCAGGAGGUGAUGGGGACACAUCUGCAGAUCUUGGUGAUGAUGAUGACAUCCCAUCAGACGCUGAGGCAGAGGAGCGUCUUCAGCAAUCUCAGGGACUGAAGCUUAGACUAAAUGAGGAUGAGGGUUCAGAUGUGGUUCCAAGGGUACAGAAUGAGUCAGACAGAGGUUCCAGCCAAUUUGCAGUGACCCCUGAGCCUUCAGUCUUAUUGCCCGUCUGCAGCCCUAUAGGGGAGCGUGAGAAGGUCUCAGUGCUGUCUCCCAAGGAACUGACUUCACCAGGUGGCAGAUUCUUCCCUGAUCCUUACAUACAGCUAACUGGCAGCAAAGCAGCAACUCCAUUAGAGCCAAAAGCAAUAACCCCUGUCUUGCCAGUUUGUUCCCAGCCAGCCUCAACACAAGAACUCGUUACCCCAACAUCUCCUGUGAAACCUCCUUCAAUAUCACCUCUUGUUCGUCCUCUUAGGUCACCAUUUUCUCCUAUAUGCUCUCAACCCUUACCUUCUACAGAGGUGGUCACUGUUCCCCCCACCACUAAGCCACCUGUAUGUCUGCAGCCAAGUCCAGUCAUCACUUCCACCCCCCUAGCCAAACUACCAUUUACCAGCCAUGUAGUAAGGACUGACACUUUGACCAGCCCCAAUUCAGAAGAGGCUUUGAAACGUAUUGACCUCAUAGAGGAGUUUUGGACAAAAAGCGCUGAGAUUAGACGUAGUCUUGGGUUGACGCCAUUGGAGCGAAGUAGAGCAUCUGAGGUCAGUUUUCCAUCCAUGGAUCCAUCUGUUCAGAGGACCUCAGUGUCUAAGACUACACCAGAUGAUCUGAAGUCUCCCCCACUUAAAGCUCAGCAUGCACUCAAGAAAGUGAAUCCUAAUAGACUGGACAUAGAGUUACUGUCACCACUCACUCCCAUAUCUCCAUCUGAAAAAGAACUUAAAAGCUCAGAAGGUGAAAGAAGGGACCUGUCAACUAGUUCAGGUCUCGGAUUAAAUGGCAGUAAUUCAAAUACUCGGACUGUGGGCAGUGAAAGUUUCAACACUUCUGACUCUGCUUUACUUACCCCACCUUCUAGUCCACCUCCUCCCCCACCACAAGGAGAAGAGCCUGCUACACUCCGAAGAAGUCUUGCCUCCUGGCAGAAUGGACCAGAAACCGUCCCACCACCACUUCCCCAGACAAAGGUGAAAUCUCCUGAUGUUCCUCAACCCCCUCCAAAAUUAGAAGUACGAAAGUCCUUUGUUGAGAGUGUGGAUGAGAUCCCUUUUGCUGAUGAUGUGGAAGAUACCUAUGAUGAGAGAACAGAUAACUCAAGCCUGCAGGAGAGGUUUUUUACUCCGCCAACAAGUCGGUCAAAACUCCAGAGACUUCCCUUGACUAAGGAAAAUGGAGAAAUUCCAUGUUCUUUAGAAAAAGGGCACCAAAGAAAAAAACUACUUCCGCAGUUGACUCCUGAGGCUAAAGAGUUGGCUGAAGAGAGAAUAAGGGCAAGAGAGAAGUCGGUCAAAAGUGCGGCUUUGAGAGAUGCCAUGGCACAACAGCUUAACAAAAUGAAACAGCUUGAAACUGUGAAGGCAUCUAAUAGAGGAUCAGGUUUGUCUUCCACCAAACUAGCUACUUAUCUCCCUGUAGAGUCCAGAGCUCUACCAGAGGCGCCUACUCUCAGACUAGAGACUUCAGAUGAACUCUUUCUAUCGCCUCUACCAGCUGAGGGUUCUGUCACCUCUUCAGAAGGUUCAGGUGGUGGAAAACCCAAGAAAAGGCCUUCAUUGUUCUCCCCGAGGAAAAAGGAAAAAAAGUCAAAAGGGGAGCUGAGCCGAUUGUCUGAUAAACCAGACGAUGGCACCAAACCCAAAUCACUGUGGAAGUCUGUCUUUUCUGGUUAUAAGAAGGAGAAGAAAAAGAAGUCGGCAGAUGAUAAGUCUAUUCCGAGCACUCCUUCUAGCACCAACACUGUGGACUCUGGGAAAGUCAAAGUGUCUAAUGUGGUCCAUGGACAAGAACUUCCUCUCAGACGUCACUUGAGUUUCUCUGAGGAUUCUGAUCUUUCCAGUGAUGACGUCUUAGAAAAGUCCUCACAAAAGUCCAAGCGUGAUUCGGUCUAUGUCCCCCAUGCUCUGGCGUUCAGACGAUCGUACUCAUCAAAGAAAACCUACACGGAUGAGGAGUUGAACGCUAAACUCACCAAGAGGGUGCAAAAAGCUGCCCGGAGACAAGCUAAACAGGAGGAGCUUAAAAGGCUGCAUCGGGCUCAGAUUAUUCAGCGGCAGCUGGAACAAGUGGAAGAGAAGCAGCGGCAGCUGGAGGAGCGGGGCGUGGCUGUGGAGAAAGCGCUGCGCGGAGAAGCUGACUAUUGGGGAGAGUCUUAUUACAGUGACCUCAUCGAUUUGCACCUGGGUGUUGAUCCCAUUGUGGGGACUCCACGCCGCAGACCUAUCUCCUUCUGUCCCUGCUGUGUCCACGAAGGAAUGGGCAAGAAAGAUGACCCAAAACUAAUGCAGGAGUGGUUCCGUCUAGUGCAGGAGAAGAAUGCGCUGGUCCGAUACGAGUCUGAAUUGAUGAUAUUCGCCCGGGAGCUGGAGCUAGAGGAUAGGCAGAGUCGACUACAGCAGGAGCUGCGGGAGAGAAUGGCAGUGGAGGACCAGCUGAAAAGCGAGCAGGAGCUCUCAGAGGAGAAAAGGAUCCUGAACGAGAUGCUGGAUGUGGUGGAGCAGCGAGACGCGCUGGUGGCACUGCUGGAGGAGCAGAGGCUGCGUGAGAAGGAGGAGGACAAGGACUUGGAGGAAGUGAUGUUAUCUAAAGGCUACAACAUGAACUGGUCCUGAGGUUCCUCUUCCUCCUGAGAUGUUGGUGACCCCCUCCUUUAUGAGGGGUGGUAUGUCUUAAACGUGGGGGUCAGCACAGAGCUGCCUUGAUGAGGUCCUUCCCAUGGAGAUGUUACAUGAACCCAUUAACUCUUGCACAGCACUUUAGAGUGCAUUGCUGCAGAUAACGGAGGCAAAGUUUCCCGUCGUUGUGAGGGACUUUUUAUUUCCUAUACAGUACACCACUGAGAAGAAUUUCAGAGCUGCAGUUUCUAUUCAGGUUUACAAAGGCUGCCGUUUACAGUGGCGCCAAGCAUGGACUCCGUGUUACUUUCGUCCCAGACAGUGGACAAUGGAGAAGUGAUUGUUCACUUGCAGUUGGGGUAUUUGGCCACUAGGUGGCUCCUCAGUUAUGUUUUCUGGCUCAGUCGUCCUCUUCAUAGAAGAUUUUAAAGGAACAUUGUGUGUUCUAGUGUUUUAUUAUGAGAUUAAGUACAGGUGGGUGUCAGCAAGUACAUGAUGCAUCCAUGACGGCGUUUAAUGGGCCAGCACUGAAACCCUCUCCCCAAAGUACUUCUGUUCUCACAAACAGAUUACCGAUUGUAUCAAUGUGUGAAUGAAGAUAGGAUGUUUCGCUGUUUUUAAUCAUAGUCUUCUUUUCACCUUGGAAGAAGCGAGCAGGGCGAAAUCAAGAUAGUCUACUCCACAAGACCCACUUGAGUUCUCUUAAAGGUUCUUCGUUCUUCCAUCACAGUGCCGCACUGGGCAGCCAGCCAUUUUUUAUUUGUGUAGUUGGGAUAAAUGUGGGGGUAAUACCUGGACUGUGAGAAAUGUUCCUUUAUUAUUUCAACCUCCAAAGAUGAUUUUUUAUUUUUUUUUAUUCCCCUCAAAAUAUUUUGGGAUUCUAAUGCCCAUUACAGCAAGUUUCAUGUCUACAGAGUUGCCCACAGCAAAAUAAGUUUUCUUAUUCUUAAAGGGGUUGUCCAGCCAGAUAAAAAGUAGGUUUGAUGUGUUUGAAAUUUGAUAUAUUGUCAGUACGAUUGGUGCCCCACUGUCCAGCUGCCCUUGAGGGUUGGUUUGGACUCUGCACUGAACCACACAACUAGCCCACUUCAAGUGCGUCACACUGAGAGAGGUGGGUGAAAGAGUUCCCUUUCUCUGUCGGUACCGACCACAAAAUGCAGCUGGACCUGUGCCAGUACCGGCACAUUGUGGCAGCUAUCAUACUGAAAGUAUAUUAGUAAGUUAACCAAUUUAAAAUGCAUUAAAACAACAUUUUACUUGGCUGAACAACCCCUUUAAGUACAGGUCAGCAAACGAAAGCUUAUAUAAUUAGUUGCUGCAGGCAACGCCUGCUUUUUGUCUAUCUAUUUUAUACAUGCAAGUCUAUUUCAUCCAAUAAUAAUUGUCGUUCCUCUGUACAUCACAGUAUCAAGGUUUCCUAUUGGUCUAAAUCUGUAAAAAAAAAAUAUUCGGAACCAAGAGCAAUACGGCUGAAGAUCACAGGCCACAGGUCUAAUCAGUUUCGUUCUUAAAGGAGUGGAUAUUGUUUUUUGUUUUUCUACAGUUACCGAUACGCCUGCUGCAUUGUAUGAUACAACUGAAUGUCUUCACCUUUCUGAGGCCUCAACACCUAUAUAUUUUAUGUUACAUAGCAAAUAUUAAUUGUGCUGCGGACAUAUGUCCAGGUGACCUGCUGCCAUUGUACCAUGUACUAGUAGUUUCCGUGUUUUCAGGUGCAAUGAACGCCAUCACAACGCUUUCAAACAAUACAAUAACUAUAUAGAUAUACAGGGCGAGUCAGAAAUCAGGAACAUCACCUUCUUUCAAUUAAAUUUAAAGGAUCGUUUCAAGAUGGCGUAUGUAGCCUAUAUCAUAUGUAAUAUCAUAAUGGUAAUAAUGAGAUCUGACAUUAACCCCUUUCCACCUUGCCACAUACAAUGAAUUUGUGGCAGCUCUGCAUUUCAUGAGUGAGCCACUGUAAUAGUACAUCACAGUGAUGGCGCCGGCAUGGUAGCUGUGCCCACGCUAUCACUUGGGGUUUCUGGGUGUAUCAUAUAGAUGACAUCCUUCUCUAACAGCCAUGAUCAGAGAGAACUCUGAUCCCACCAAUUAACCCAUUAGAUGUCACAUUCAGUGCUGUCCUCAGCAUCUGCAUGUCACAACACUGAUGGUUUGCCAUCGCAGCCAGGACCUUACCUAGGUCUGCCAUUUAUCUGCGCCUAUUAAGCCUUGCCAGAGGCAUAAUCCACUGCGAUACAGAAGUAUUGCAUGAUCAAAUCCCCAAAAAUUGUAAAAAUAUUUAUAAAAGUACUUUAUUAUGGAAAGAAGAUAAAAAA